AUGGCAGCUCCAAUCAUCCGGCGGGCGUGCAUGUACGUCCCGGCGUCGUCGCAGAGGAUGCUCGAGAAGUCCUUUGCCAUGCAUGCCGACAACGUAACUUACGACCUCGAAGACUCGGUCGCGCCCUCGCUCAAAGCCGCCGCCCGCUCCAACCUGCGCUCCAUCCUCUCCAAACCGCGUCCUUCGGGCAUACGCGAGAUGUGCGUGCGCAUCAACAGCGUAGACACUGGCCUCGCGCUCGACGACCUGACCGAAGUCCUGAAGGGCAAACACCUCGACGCCAUCAUGCUGCCCAAGUGUGAGAGCGCCGCAGACUUGCACUUCGUGACAGACGUCAUACGGCACCUGUCGCCUGAGCGUCACCCGUCCAACGCCGGGAGCGGGGCCAAGAAGCCCGUCAGCAUCAUCGCGCUCAUCGAGUCGGCAAAGGCAAUCCAGAACCUCAAGGAGAUAUGCGAAGCGUCGCCCUAUCUGGACGGGCUGGUCUUCGCGGCAGAGGACUUCGCAAAGGACAUGAGUCUCACGCGCACACCAUCUCUGACAGAGUUUCUGUACGCGAGGAGCGCGAUUGCGACGGCGGCGCGCGCGGCGCUGCUGCCAAGUACGAUCGACUUGGUGUGCACGAGCUACAAGGGUGACGCGGGCUUGAAGACGCUGGAGGAGGAGUGCUUGAACGGGAAGGGUAUGGGUUUCAACGGCAAGCAGUGUAUACACCCCAGUCAGGUUGCCAUUUGUCACAAGGCGUUCAGUCCGGGGGAGAAGGAGGUUGAGUGGGCGGCAAGAGUCGUGAUUGCGGACGAGAAGGCAGACAAAGCAGGGAGGGGAGCCUGGACACUAGAGGGCAACAUGAUCGACGUGCCGGUUGUGAAGAAGGCGAGGGCGGUGUUGAAGCGUGCCGAGGCCUGUGAAAUCGAUGUCAAUGCUGUAAGACAAAAGUGGAAGGAUCAGGAGCCAGAGUGA